ACUUGAUCCAUCCAUCCAUCCCACAAAAACGAAACAAGAUUCAGUUCAUCACCAUGAGGACUCUGUCCCUGCUCGCCGUCCUCCUCGUCCUCCUCCUCGUCUCCCACCCGCGCAACGCCGCCGACGCCCACGGCCACCGGUUCGGCAAGGAGAAGCUCACCAACCUGCGCUUCUACCUGCACGACACCCUCAGCGGCCGCGACCCGACGGCCGUCCCCGUGGCGCACGGCGCCGGCGCCACGCCCAGGCCCGGCGACCCCACGCCCUUCAGCACCGUCUACAUCGUCGACGACGUGCUCACGGAGGGGCCCCAGCGGACGUCCAGGGUCGUCGGCAGCGCGCAGGGCCUGUACGCGUCCACCGGCAGGCACGGGCUGGGCCUCGUCCUCGGCAUCGACUUCGCCCUCAACGACUACAACGGCAGCUCCUUCGUGGUCUUCUCGCGCAACCCCGUCACGGACGGCGACGGCAGGGAGCUCGCCGUCGUCGGCGGCCGCGGCGCCUUCCGGCUGGCCCGCGGCUUCGCGCUGCUCCGCACGCACUACCUCAACACCGGCAACGGCGACGCCAUCAUCGAGUACAACGUCACUCUCCUGCAUUACUGACAACUUUGUCUGUUCUGCUUGUGUUCCGAUCGAUGUGAUUGUGCCGCCGCUGCGCUGGCUGCGGCGUUUGUAGCAUGAUGAUUAUAAUCAUAAAACGUGCCGUGCGUCAUUCCGGCCUGCUCCUGGUUUUCCUUGAUCGUUUGCACAGGCGUACUCUCGUUUCAGUACCCGGAAAUCCAAUUCGGUUCUAUUACUUGAA